AUGGGUGUCUGUGCCUCCUGUCUGGGUGGCAACCGCCGUGAGGCCCCAGAGCCCGAGUCUUCUCGUCUCCUAGAAGAGGACCCCUACCAGGCUAGCUAUGGCUAUGGUGCAUUAAACCAAGCCCAACAGGCCAACCAGCCGGAUCCGGAAUACGUCCGUCGCGAAAGAGAAGCGCUGGAUGCCAUCUGCCAACGCACGUCGGACUCCGUGAUCGACAUCUGGUCUCUGCAACCACAGCCUCAUCUCCAACCUCAAGCCACUCUCCACACCAACGUUUCGGCGUCCAGAUCGCCCACACCAGAGGGAGACACCACUCAUUUAACCGUGACCUCGGAUCGCACGUCGCAGGGCAGCCGCCCGACCUCCAGCGGAACCGUACCAAAGCAUUGGAGCGAAGUGGUGGUCAAUCCGAACAAAAAGCGCUCACGUCCCAACAUGAAUGCCGAUGCACAUGGCGGCCGCGAUGUAUUCGGAGUUCUCAAGGUCAAUUAG